AAUGCAUUUGCAUCGAGUCUGUACAGCGCUUCUUUGGGUGUUCCUUAACUGCCAAGUGAAUGCUCAGAUUGAUGCUGGAAGGACGUUGAUGAUUGAGGAGACUGUCCAUCGACCAACGUACUACAAUAAGGCCCACAAGAGUUCUGCACACGUGGACUAUAAUCCCCAGCUAUUGGCAUUACGCGAUGCCAAGCCGAAAAAAGAACCUCGCGUUGCAUUGCCAUCCUUUGAUCCCAAAACGGACUUAAGCUAUUAUGUUAAUGUUCUGGAUCGUGGCUCUGUGAUAUGUGCUGGAGCUUUGAUCAGUCGUCGCAUGGUUGUCACCUCCUCGCGUUGCUUUCUGCCACAGCCGACAGAGCCCACCAGAGAAUUCAAGGCCGAGGAUUUGAGAGUGGUGACGGGCAAAGAUUUCGCAGAUGGCGCACAUAAAACAUCGCAAGUCAUUGCAUUCUACAUGCCAGUGGAAAAGGAAGCAGGCAAAGGUGUGCAUAAUAUUGCACUCCUUGCGUUGGAACAGAAGCUGCAACGUGGCGCGUAUCGAUAUAUUCCGCUCUACAGUCGACUGCCGCCAAAAGGAACACCAGUGACAAUGUCCUUUGUGGAUCAUCAGUCGCAUGACAUCACUCUGUACGAAAGCAAAGUGUUGUCCAACGAAAGCUGCAAGCAAACCUACGAAGAUUAUGGCAAAAUUCAUCUGCCCUUUAACGAAGAGUUCUUCUGUGUGGCCAACAGGAAAAAGGCUGGUUGCAGCACUCGGCCAGGCGAUCCGUUGAUCAUUGAGAACAAGUUGGCUGGCAUCAAUUUGUAUGGCGAACUUUGCGAUGAGCUGAAAGAGGGACGCAAGGCGGAUGUCUAUUAUUCGCUGCGGCAUUCGGUGCCAUUCAUACAGCGUUCAACAGAUUUGUUGAGAGCUUUUACGAAAUCUGGUCCCUACAAUAGUUCAGCAACAACGCCUAGAACCACACUUUAUCCUUAAUAAAAUGACUUCAGAUUUUGAACUCUGUUUCUUUUAA